GUUGAAAAUAACUGUAUGCUAGUUCAUAUCUUCAAAUGUAUAGUUUAUACUAUUUCACGCCUGCAUAACUUCAUAACACCUUUAGUAAGUUCAGUGCUGAUUGGCUCGUUUUCAACCAUCCAACCAUCAGCGUUUAGAUAACAAAUUGAGCGGUUGUUGACACCCUAACUAUCCCGAAAUUUGAUGGUUUUACUGGGCCAAUUGACUAACUGACGUUGGGUAUAUAUUAUGGAUGUAUUGGCGGACAGACCUGAGUAGUACCUAAAAACCUUCAACAGGAAAUCAGAGUUUACUAGUUUAACUGAGGCGAAAGUGUAAAUAUAUGUACAUACAAAUAAAUCAUUUGAUAAAGAAAAAGAGCACGAUAGUUGCUUUUUAUUUGAUAAAACAUGUAUUCAUACAAACAUACCGUAAACAUGUCUAAGGAUACGCUGCUGGUUCAUUAAACUGUAUUUAAUUUAUCGCUUCAAGCGAUGUCCAAGUUGGCAGAUGGAAUUAUACAAUAAGCAAUUAUCUUUUAAUAGUAUUGGUCUAUGUUAUAUGCAUAUUGUAAAUGGUUAUAGGCUAAGUUUGUGUCUGUGGAUGGGAUUUAUAAAGUGUGCAAUUUACUUUUAAUUGUGUUGGUUCAAUAGUACAGAAAUGCUGAGAGGCUAGGCCAGCAUACAGAUAGCAUGUAUUGUGUAAUAUCAAUAUCAGUACUGAGUGUAUCGGGAAGGACGUACAAUUUAUACAAGGUAUGUUAUAUCUGUCAUUACUGUACAGAAGAUAAAUAACACCAUUAUAUAAAUGCGCGUCCUGAUUUUUGUGCUGUGCGUGACAACGGUAUUGGGAUUCCGGCAUUUUCAGAAUGAACUUCCAAAUGGCGCAGAAGUCCCACAUCCGUGCAAGGCCAACUUCGUCUGGUGGGGCGUUGGUCAUCUCAACCCCCGGGGAGGAGGUAGAGUAAAUCCUUUUGGAGUGGAUUUCAGAAACGCUGGAAUGAAGUGGACAAGAGCCCUGUGUGAGAUGGACUCUGACGGAGACGGAGAGACAAACGGACAGGAGUUGGGAGACCCGGAUUGUGUGUGGACCAAAGGAAGUGUCGCGGCGGUCACCAAAGACAUCAGUCAUCCUGGUAUUUGCACCCCAUAUUCGGAUCCCGCUUGCAAGGAAGCAAACGCCUGGGUUAGUUGCGAGAUUGAAGAUUUGAAAUGUGACACGUUUAACGAAGUAGGAGUAAAGAACAUGUCCUUACGCAUUCCAAGGACAUUUGUGCCCGAUGCUAAGACAAGCUACUUGUGUGUGAAAUUAGACAUGCCUACAGACGUCGACUACCAUAUAAUUGGCUUGGAACCACUAAUAGACAACGAACACGCCACUCAUCAUAUUAUUAUGUUUGGCUGUGAGGAUCAAGAGGAAGACGUAUCAGAAACUGGCGUAGUUGUGCCGUGCGGAAUGUUUACUCCACAGUGUCCGUACCAGGUCUUGGGCUGGGGAAUCGGAGUAAGUCGCAAAUGUUUUCAGAAAACCACUGGUGUCAGGAUAGGUAAAACUGCCUACAAGAAACUCAUGAUGCAGGUUCACUAUAGCAACCCGGAACGUCGGGCAGACUUCACUGACAACUCUGGACUAAACGUGUACUACACUCCAAAUCUCCGACCAUAUGAUGUCAAAGUAUUAUCGGUGGGCUCUCAAUACUUUGAGAUUCCACCUGGCAAACCGGAAGUUGACAUUGAGGGUGUGUGUAGUAGUGACUGCUCAUCACGCCUAUUUACCGCGCCUGUAUAUAUCGCAACGGCAAAGAACCACAUGCACUACAUGGGAAGAAAACAAAAACUUGAACAGUACAGAAACGGAGUGUGGAUCAGGGACAUUACCAACGUAGAUGAUUUUGAAUUUGAUCGUUUUGAUGCCUUUCAUUUUGACCCUCCGAUCGAAGUCCUGCCUGGGGAUGAGCUUAAAACAACCUGUGUAUUCGAAUCUUCUGGAAAGACCACGACGACAUUCUCGGGCGAUGGCACUUUAGAUGAAAUGUGUCACGUUUUGUUACAUGUCUUUCCAGCUGAAAACGUAAAAGAAUCGUAUUGUAUGACGUUAAAGAAGUAUGAUUUAUGUAAGCUAAUUAAUUUUCCAUCGGAAUUCCCGGUGAUAGAUGGCUGCAAAAUCAAAUCAAUUUUCAAUCCAUUCCAUCCAGACAUGGUCAGUAUCAAUUCUAACCUGAGGAAAUUUUGUAAACCAUUCGAUAUAUGUACACAAGAAUGCAAACAGUACAUCACAGACAUGUUGUCGAGUAACAAGUGUUUCAGCGGAGAUAUCGUCAGCGUGUACCGUUACUUGUCCGUAAAACACAUGUCGUCGUCCAUGGACAUGUGGGCAGCCAUCGAUUCCUGUAAAACUGAGAUCGAAAUGGAGACUUGUCAGCAACAAUGUAAUGUUGUUGAGGAUGGUAAUGUGGCCUUAACACAAGGGUAGAAAUACAGACAAUCAAACUGUAAUAAAUUAAGGCUCCAGGUAUGGCAGUGCAAUAUCAUAUGUGAUCCUCAAUUUAAAUGAUGAAGGGGAAACAAAAUUUGAUGAGGAACAGAUUAUGUUUCGGCAUAGCGAUACCUCUGUAAAAAUAAACUUAUGUUAUGUAUCUUAUAUAUAACUUAUUCAUUCGCACGAUUAUAAGCAUACCAACAAUUAAAGGACAUAUAAACAGCAAAUCCUGUCGAAACAGUGAUACAGGCCUAUACAUUCCUACUAUAGUGCAAUUUAAAAAAAAAAAGUAACUUCAUGAAAUAAUUGUUUGGAUCAUUACCAACUAUGACACUUGCCGUUACUACAUGUAUGUGAUUUGUAUAGCUGUUUGCAUAUUUCAACAAAACACGGGGAAAAUGCUUGUUUCAGGGGGACAUACUGAGGCAUUUCAAACAUUAAAAAGUACACUUAUUAGAAACUACA